AUGUCUUGGGCCGGAUUCAAGAAGAAUGUCAACCGCGCGACGACGCAGGUGAUGAUGAAGACGGGCCAUGUGGAGAAGACCAACGACCGCGACUACGAGGUCGAAGAGAGGCGCUUCCGCACGAUGGAGGCCGCCGCCAACCGGCUGCAGAAGGAGGCCAAGGGAUACCUCGACUCUCUGCGAGCCAUGACGGCUUCGCAGAUGCGCAUCGCCGAGACCAUCGACGCCUUUUACGGAGAUGCUGGGGCCAAGGACGGCGUCAGUCGGAGCUACAAACAGGCUGUCGAAGACCUGGACUCCGAAACUAUCAAGGCUCUGGAUGGGCCGUAUCGAGCGACUGUGUUUGACCCCAUCUCCCGCUUCUGCAACUACUUUCCCGACGUCAACGAAUGCAUCAAGAAGCGCAGCCACAAGCUGCUCGACUAUGACGCGCUGCGGGCCAAGGUCAAGAAGCUGGCCGAGAAGCCGGACAAGGACGUGACCAAGCUGCCGCGUGCUGAGAAGGAAAUGGAGUUUGCCAAGCAGGCCUACGAGACGCUCAACGAACAGCUCUCGACCGAGGUGCCCCAGCUGAUCGAGCUGCGCGUCCCCUAUCUCGACCCUAGCUUCGAGGCCCUCGUCAAGAUUCAGCUGCGCUUCUGCGCCGAGGCCUACAGCCGCAUGGCCCAGGUCCAGCAGUACCUUGACGCCGACACCCGCGAUCAGUACGCCAACGGCGAGCUCGACACCCGUGUUGAGCAGGUCCUGCAGGAGAUUCGCGAGCUCAGCAUCAGCGGCACCGUAUGA